AUGUUGAAUCGGGUCCAUUUAAUAACUCGUUGCGGCUCAUUGCGAGCAUGGAUGGUGUAUCUGGUGCUCGGCGGGUGUUUGCUCGCCGGUGAUGAUCAUUACCGUGCCGUUAGCGCCGUUACAGUGGACAUAUUUCCGCUGCCACCUUCAACGGAAUCGAUGUUAGCACAUCACUACAACCAGGGUACUUUCGCCACGGGCAAGAUGAAAACCCACAUCAAACGCAUCCUGAACAUCCACGACGAGAACGGAACGCUGGACAAUUACCUACUGUCGCUGUUCAACACGGAAAACCUCAACCCUACGUACGUCUUCCUGCUACCGAUGGACGGCAAGAACCACGUGCGCAAGUUAAUCUACCAGCGGAGCGACUUCGAGGAAGCCGAGUUCCCGAACGUGACCACCAUAAACAAGUUCACCGGAAGGCCGAACCGGACCGCGGCGUCGGCGGCGAUGGUGGUGACGAGUAAACCCGGUGGUGAUCUGCAGCUGGAGAAGAAGAUCUUCGAGUACAUCGACAAGGAUACGAUGGACGAGGGCACGCUGAAGGUGGUGGAAGAGAACGUGCGGACGGAGCGGAACUUUAUCAAGUUCAUGGAUGAUCUCAACCGGGACCUGGAGGAGGAAGAACGCCGGCGAACGUUGAAGGAAACGAUGCGGAAGUCGGCGUCGGUGCGCUUACCGAGUUCCCUCUUUACGCCUUAUACCUACAGGAGUACGCAAACGGUCGGUUGGGAUGAUCUCGGGUUGGAGGGUUGGGCAGGAGGUUUGCGUGAGAUCCAGGGACAUCGCUUCGAGCAUCCGGUGUUGGAGAAACCCAAAACGGGACACAAACCGGAACCGGCGACGAUGCUUCAGGCAAGCUUCAAUGCGGUCCACCAAGGGCCGGUGCGUGUACAGACGACUUCCCUCACCUCGUCCCCGGGCACCACGACUCCGACGAGGGCACUCCAAAACGAAACCGGAGCCGCACGCUACAAACAAACCGGGGUCCUGCUGAGCGAGCAGGUUGGCGUGAAGCUGCAGGAGAUCUACCGACGCACCAACGGAAGCAACGCGCGCGUCAAGUGGCCCAUCACCAACAGCCGCGACGCGCACCGGGACGAGGAUGUGUUCAUUGCGCGGGCGAACAAUCCGUUCGGGCACUCGACCAAGUGGCGCUGGAGCAACGAAACUGACCAGGAGGAUCCGCUAAACGUUGGGGUGCAACCCACCCGUGAAGGCCGAUCGAAGCGUGGCGUGUACAAUCUCUACUCCAUGAUCAAAUGUGCCACCGGAUGUGAUCCCAUCAUCUACAAGGGUUACGGGUGCUACUGCGGGUUUCUCGGCUCCGGCCAGGCGCUGGACGGUAUCGAUCGGUGCUGCAAGAUGCACGACUACUGCUACAGCACCGCCAACUGUCCGAUGUUCCUGGAGUACUUCGUGCCGUACCUGUGGAAGUGCUACCGCGGUCGUCCAAUAUGUGCAAUCGACCACGGCGAAUGGGGUGGUCCCGGUUCCUGUGCGUCUCGCUUGUGCCAUUGCGACCUGUCCUUAUCGAAGUGCCUCCGGCGGUACUAUUGCCCGCGGAAACGAAACGUCUGCACCACGUCCCCGCUACGGUUGCUACAAAAUCUCGUUAUGGUGUUCUAA